AUGGCAGCUCAGGAAAAUGGACACGCAUCGGCAGCUUCAUCAGAUACUAGCAAAGGUGGUCUGAUCCGGAACAGCGCUCGGAAAGCCAAGCCGCGACAGAAGGGCCCUAUACGAUGGUCUCUUGGACUUGUUGUGCGGCUCUGUAUUUGGUACACCCUUUUGACGCCGUUUCUUCGAUGUCCGUCCCGGUUGGACGAGUUGAGCGAGACCUCUCCGAAGGUCUGCAAGCCAUACCUGGUCGCUCGCGCACACGUGGAACCGUACCUGUCACCUUACUAUAACGCCUACGCUGUCCCCUAUGUGAAUCAGGUGCAACCAUACGUGACUAUCCUCAAUGAGCGAGUGUAUACGCCUGUCUCAAAUGCCGCCAAGCUUGGUUAUGAAGCAUAUGGCGCUCCAGCAUUGCAGCAAGCUCGCGAAAUCGGCGAGGUUCAAUGGAAGCAGCAAGUAACACCACGCCUGGAAGCUGUCCAGUCUCAAGCCCAUCAAUUGUACAUGGCCCAAAUCGAUCCUCAUAUUCAGGGAGUCGCUUCUGUUGUGUCGCCUUACUAUCGUCAAGUGGACGGACUUGCUAAGGCUGUAUACUGGAAUCAAUUGGUGCCCCUUUACACGCAUUCCCAGCCUUACAUUGGGAAGACUUAUAGUACCAGCCAAGAAAUCUUAGCAACCCAUGUCAUGCCUGGUGCCCGCUAUACCUGGUCAUCACUUGUCUAUUUUGCCAAUAGCUCCUUGUGGCCCCAUGUCACCGGUCUGUACUCUGAGCAAGUGGAGCCCCAGCUUGUAAAGAUUGGGCAGCGUCUUGCCAGCUACCGCGAAGGCAAACGACUACGCGCUGUUAUGGAUGAGAUGGAUAGCACUUCCUCUGAGCGUGCUUCCUCGACACCGGUGACUACCGCAAAGAUUGAACCUCGCACAUCUUCCACAGUGACAACUAGGCCAACUGAGCAAUCGCAGGCCGCCAAGCCCACGAUACCGGCGGAGGAGCAGACUAAGCAAGCUCGCGUCCGCAUUGAUUCCGAUCUUCAAAGAUGGCAGGAGAAAUUCGCGGCGGCGGCUGACAAGGGCAUUGAGGAUCUGGAGGAGCGCAUCGAGGAAAUCGUGUCAGCACUUGUUGAAAGUAGCGCCAAGGGUCACGGACGGAGUCUGUCAAUGGCGCUCGAGGCAGUCUCUACCGAAAAGACUGCGGUCAUCAAACAAAAAAUCAUUGAUCUAGCUGGAUCGUUGCCGAGAGAGGAUGUCCCGGAACAGGAGGAGGAAGCUCAUGACAAGCUCAUCGAUGACAUUCGUGCUUCUGCUGUUGUAGUUCGAGACCGUGCACACGCUCUCCGACAGUGGUCACUCUCCUUUGACGAAGAGUUAUCUCGACGAGUAUCUGCCGCCAUUAAUUCGACACUAGAUGUUCUGGACAGCAUUCGUGACCUGGGCCUGCAAGAGAUUGGCACGCGAUGGGCCUGGAUGGAUGAUGUCACUUACAAGGACUGGGCAAAGUACCAUGCAUUGAAGGCACAGCUUGACGAUUGGCGGGACGAGAUCCGCAGAAUUGGAAUGAACCACCAAUCUGUUGUUGUGGCACAAUCUUUGGGUGCUGCCGUUCUAGACAGCGGAAUGCGAGUCGCCGAAGAGGCCGCAAAUGAACUGAUUAGACUUAAGGAUGUCGGCAAAUGGAAAAUUGCCGCUCGUGAUGUGAGCGACAAUUUCGACUCGCGCGCGGAGUCUCCUCCUUCAUGGCCAAAGCCAAUUGUCACGACUGAUAGAGAUAGUCAAGCAUCUGCCGGCGAGGAAGACAAGGGUGAAUCUGCUGCCUCUUAUGAGGAAUCGUCGUCUUCCGCGUCCGAGGGACAAACCCCGGGAGAAACUUCCUCAAGCUCCACCACAUACAACGAGUAUGAGCAUGGCGUUGAAUCUGAGGACGUACCGGUGGCCGUCGCGAGUGUUGACGCGAGCGAACACUCGAUCGAGCCAAUUGUUGAAGAGUACCAGCACAUCACCAAAUCGGCAUUUGGCGUAGCUGCUGCAUCUUUGAACAUGAAGCAAGAGCCAAUCUUGGACGAGGAAGAGCGAGGUAUCUUUGACGAUCUCGCUGAAACAGCGGAGGACGUGUACCACGAUGCCAGAUCUGCCUUCGCAGACUCUACUGCACAGGCUAAGGUUCUGUAUGAAAUUGCCAAGUCUCAGGCUAUGGCACAGAUGUCGCAUUCAUCGAGCGCGACUGCUCACGCUGAAAUUUUGAAUUCCAUCGAAUCAGCCUACUCACGCGCUGUGCGAUAUGCUAGUAAAGAGUUCGACUCUAGACUUGGCGUUGUUUGGGCUACACCCACUCCUACCGGUCCCCUGGCUCACAUCUCUUCAGUCGCAUCCUCGCGCUUGAGCGAAGGGCUGAGCUUUGCCUCUGACCAGCUGGCACAACACACCAAGCCAGCGUCAUCAUCCGCAGGAUCGCAGCCUUUCGUUCUCGAUGCACAGCGCCGUUACUAUGAGGCUGUCGGUCUGGCGCAUGAGCACUACACCGCAUUCAUGUCAAGUGCUUCGGAUGCGGUUUAUGGCACUCCCACGCCAGCGCCCACUCCUUGGAAUUACAAAGGCGUUCUCGCUGAUGCUGACUCAAAAUAUCAGGAGGCGUCCUCGCUUGCCUCUGCUAGUCUUGCCGCAGUUGUUGGCUCCGCUAGCUCUAUGAUCUCCGCGGCCGACGAUGGUAAGGCUCAGAGCCUUGUGGAAGAUGCCUCAUCAAGAUAUCGCGCCGCUCUUUCUGCUGCGUCAUCCUCUCUUUCUCUCGUUUCGGCGUCCGCCAGCUCAGCUGUCUACGGCACCACCCCUGGCGUCAUGGCGUCUUUAUCGAGCCAAGCUUCUGUGAACUGGGAGACUCUAGUCUCUAAGGCCAGCGAGCAGGUGUAUGGUACCCCAAUGCCCUAUUAUCAAAGCAUGAUGGAGGAGCAUCUGCCGCGAUUUGACACUAUUCAGGCAGUUCUUUCCGAAGUCCUUGUUGGUCAGCAGCCCUCGUUUACGGAGAGUGUUAUUAGCAGAAUUCGGGUCGCAUUCGAGACACCUUAUCCUGCCAAGGCGGUGUCGGCUGCAUCCAGUUAUGCUAGUGAGGCUUAUGAGACGGCUUCUUCCGUCGCCAACGCCUUCAUCACUGAUGUUCCCAGCGUCGAGGACGUUGUCCAGCAGGCCAACGAGCAGCUUCAGUCAGCCGUAGAGGCCGCCAGUGUGGCCAUUUAUGGCACCCCGAAGGGUCGCUACGAACAGGCCACGGAGGCUGUUGCUGAGGCAUACUCAAGCGCCUCUGCUCAGAUCAGUGGUGCCGUAUACGGGAAGGAGCCAACCUACAUUGACAUUGCCAAGAGUAAUAUCGAGCAAAUCCAGUCCAGAGCCAGUGCCGCGAUCUAUGGUGAAGAGCCUGGUGCGGUCGAGAGUGCGACCCUCCGUCUUGCCGACGCUGUUGAAAGUGCUCAGGCCCAGCUGGCCAGCCUUGCCUCUAGCAUGAGCAGCGUGGCAUCCUCUGCGACGUUCGCAUAUGUCACUGACGUUCCUAGCGUUGAGGACAUCAUGCACCAAGUGAACAAUCAGCUUCACUCCGCUGUUGAUGCUGCUAGUGUUGGUAUUUAUGGUACUCCCAAGGGUCGUCUUGAGCAGGCCGUCGAUGCAGCAUCUGAGACAUACUCCAGUGCCUCCGCUGAAAUCAGUGGCGCUGUCUUUGGAACCGACCCUAGCUACAUCAAUGGUGCUAAAGACAACAUUGAGCAGAUUCGGUCCAAGGCCAGUCUUGCAUUUUACGGCGAGGAACCUGGUGCGAUGGAACACGCCACCAGCCGCCUCGCCGCCGCUGUGGAAAGUGCACAGUCGCGCCUGGCAGGUUUGGCUACUGAAGCAACCAGUGGAGCUUCAGUGGCCAUGGAGACAGCCGCGUCUCAGGCCAACCAAGUGACAAGAACCAUCAGAGCCAGUGUCUCGUCUUUGGCGAAAGACGAACUCUAG